CCACUUGGGUCGGAGGUGCCUACAUCAAUGGCACAGCUGAAGCACUUUACAACGGUGGUCUUCUGGGAUGUCAAGCGCCCUUCGGCUACGCAUUAUCGCUUGUAGCUGGUGGCAUACUUUUUGCAAAGAAAAUGCGCGAAGAAGGCUAUAUCACGAUGCUCGAUCCAUUUCAGGUACUUUUUGACAAAAACAGAAAGAAAGCUCGAAUUUUUUGCGCAUUUUUUGCAUAUUGA